CAUCUAUUCCUCAAUUCUUCAAAAUCUCAUUUUUUUAUGUCAUUUUUGAAACUUUAUCCAAGUGUUUGAUGCUUUGCACAGCAAAACAUGACUCUCAAGGGUGGCACCAGCCAGGCGUGCGCUGCGUGCAAGUACCAGAGGAGGCGGUGUCACGACUGCCCCUUAGCACCCUAUUUCCCUGCUGAUCAACCCAAAAUGUUUCAGAAUGCGCAUAGGUUAUUCGGGGUCAGCAACAUUUUAAAAAUACUAAAACAGCUUGAUCCCUCUCAAAAAAAAGUUGCUAUGAAAUCUAUUAUUUACCAAGCAAAUGCCCGUGACAAGCAUCCUGUAUAUGGAUGUGUCGCGGAGAUACAAAAUUUAUUAUUUAACAUUCAACUCUACGAAGAGGAACUUCAAGCUGUUAAUGCACAACUAUCAUUUUACAGACAACAACAGCAACAACAAGAAAUCUCAACAAGCCUCAGUGAUUCUGUUUCCCAAAUACAAUUGGGAAUGCCUCCUCCAGUUUCUGCACCUACACCCGCUAAUGGAAAUGGGUUAACACUAUUUCAUCACCAAGAUGUGCCUAAUUCCCAAUAUAAUGUUGCUGCCAAUGCUGCGUUGCCUGUUCAAUCUUGUCCCUCCUACUCAAAUAACAACUUUGCUGCUUACAACAAUACUACCUUUGUGGACCCUAAAGAAAAUAAUACAGUCAAUUCAUUAUGGAUUCAACAAUCAUAUGGUACUAAUGUUUGUAAUAACAACAUUAUGCAAUCUCAGUUACCAGCUUCCCAAACAAUUCUUGUCCCACAAGAAGUCAAUCAAGACUAUGAUGAGAUACACCCAUUGUUUGAUCCUAUUGAUGACAGACAGUCUUAUAUCGAGACUAAAGACCCAUAUGAAUCGAGUUCAGAGUCAUCACUGAAAGACACAAGACAGUCUAUGGAGUAUGUUGCUGAGAAUGAGUUAAAGAAUGCUGCAGCAUGUUUCACUCUUACGAGCAUCAACGGAUAGAAUACAAAGAAAUAUAAGAAGAAUGAUAACAAAGUGGCUUUUUCUUUUGCCAUUCAAAUAUAACUAUUGAGAAUGUACUGCCAGUUUUAGAAUACAUUUCAAAUGACAUGUUAUAUUUGGA